CCAUCAAUAACAGUAGCUCAAUCAACUGGGCAUGCAAUAAUCCUACAGACAACCAUGGCCAAUAAUUGUCCUUCCAAAAAUAAAGUUGACGAGAUGGAAUCUGACUAUUCGGUCAAGUUCCAAUCAGCAAAUUAAAAGUUGGUGGUGCGUGCACUCACACGCCACGAAGCUGCAUCUCCUUUUUCCUCCGCCAUCCAUCCAUAUCCUCCUAGCUUGAAGCUCCUCUAUUGUUCUACAGACGUAACCCUGAGUUUCCGAACUCAAGAAAGAUAGCAGCUGCGCGCGACUCCGAAAAGCGCAUAAACGCGUAGAAUUUGAAUGGUGCUUCUUGGUGUUUAUGUUCUGAACAAAGCUCACUUAUUACUACCAAACCAGGGACACUGAAUAUAAGUCUGAAAUUGGCACAAAAACAUCUUUCUGUAACCAUUUCUUUUUGCUCCAUAGCUAAAUUUUUUCAGCAUGGUGGUGCUUAUAUUCUGAACAAAGUUCACAUACGACCAAAUUAAAUUAAGGAUACUAAGCAUAGGUUGGGAAUUUUAAGAAGAAAGGGUAAUUCAUGAAGGAAAACCCCACAAAGUAGUUGAGACUUGAGAUAUGGCAAUCAUAUGAGCAUAGCAAACACAAGAAGUGUAUGGAGAAACUUUGUCCUGAUCCGCUCUCGCCUUUGUUCUUCAGGUCUUGGAUUAGAACUUCGAAGAUGGUGUACUCACUACCUUUGAUGCCAGCGGUCAUCCUCAGUUUUCUCAGUUCCCAAGUGGCGUCACUGAUGCAGUCGUAUAAAAGCCACAAUCUGUAUUUCACCGGCAUGAUUCCGGUAGUUCUCUGGUACAUGAACGCGCGCUCAUACAUCGACCUGGAAUUGCCGCUGCCUCCUCUCAACUUCUUGCGUAGCUUCCCCAGCUUCACAUUAUUCCCUAAGAAUGCCAGGAUCUACAUCGAGACGGCAAUUGUUGUGGUGAUUUCUUACAUGUCACUACUGAUAGUCAACUGGAGCUACAUCUGGCUCGUUGUCUUCCCCGUCACCGCGAUCGGCUUCAUCGCUGCGCUGUGCAGCGAGCUCAGUCAUCAGAGUACUGGAUCACAGCGGCAGAGCGACGAUGGCGAAGCUGGUGCGGGGAGAAAAUUAGCAGAGGGACUGGAAGCCGCAGCGCUGGUUCCGUACUGGGCGCUCUGCGUGAUAGGCCAGCUCCACGCCGACAAGUUCGCCGUCUCCCAGUUCCUCCUCUUCUUCAGCUUCAUGCUCGGGGCGCUGACGAUGAUGAUGAGCCGGCUGGCGCUGACCGGAGCCGCCGAUGGUGGCGUAGCGCCGGCGUCCGAGCUCCUCCGGAAGGCCUCGCUCGUCGUGCUCCUGGUGGCGGUGCACGCGGUGGCCGCAGAGUUGCUGGGGGAGAACGUGCUACUCUUCUGCCUGCCGGAGAUCGCGCCGGUGCUCCUGUGGUUCAGCGUUCGCCUCGACGGUGACGGCGGCGCCGGCGUCAUCACUGCUGCUGCCGAGAUCAAGUUGGAGGGCAGAGUGCUCGCUGUUCUUGGCGCAGCGCCAGCUUCAGCCUUGGCACUCCUAGCGAACUACAUGGACGAGUCUGUUCUCUUCUACUGGAUCACCAAGGCUUUGGUGUCUUGUGGGGUUUCAGGGCUCCUCGUUUACUACCUUGUUUUCUUGCUGUGCCAAUGGCCGGGACAAGAUGGCACGACCACUCCCUUUGGAAAGGAGGCAGCGAAGCUACUCAUGUUUUGGGCAAAUGUUUUGCUGAUAGCAGCGUCCACAUUGCUGUUUACGUUUCUGUUGGUUGCUGCCGGGGUAGUUCUGCAAGAACCAAUGGCCGCUGCAUCGGGCCGCCAAAUUCUUCAAAGAAUAUGUGAAAAAUUCCUUGAGUCCAUAGUCUAAAUGUGAAAUGAACAAUUUACUAAUUUGUUCUGUUAGGCAUGCAAAUUAUCUGGGUAAACCUUCUAUAUGAA